UUUGCGAGAAACUUGGAAACAUACAAAAUGUUGACACGUUUGAAACCUCCGCGUUCAGCUUUUGAUGAAUUGGGACGUGGGUUGAGUCUAAAUCGACAAGAUACAUUGUGGGGUCAGGAAGGUUAUACUCUUGCUGUAAUGCACAUCGGAGCUCCUGCAUGCGGUAUGAAUUCUGCUGUUCGUUCAUUUGUACGAAAUUGCAUCUACAGAGGUGACACUGUUUAUGGCAUUCAUGAUGGUGUAGAAGGUUUAGUCGCAGGAAAUAUUCAAGUAAUGCAGUGGUCUGAUGUUACUGGCUGGGUCGGCCAAGGCGGUGCUAUGCUGGGUACAAAGCGUACUCUUCCAGAAAAGAGAAUGCCAGAAAUUGCUGCUAGGCUUAAAGAGUUCAACAUUCAAGCACUUUUGAUAAUUGGAGGCUUUGAGGCAUACCAAGCUGGAAUUCAGUUAGUUCAGAACCGUAAAAAUUUCCCAGAAUUCUGCAUACCGAUGGUUAUAAUACCAUCAACUAUUAGUAACAACGUGCCUGGUACAGAAUUUUCAUUAGGUUGUGAUACCGCUCUAAAUGAAAUCACUGAAAUUUGUGAUAGAAUUAGACAGUCUGCUCAAGGUACUAAGCGACGGGUAUUUGUUAUUGAAACUAUGGGUGGUUACUGUGGAUAUUUAGCCACUGUUGCUGGUUUGGCUGGUGGCGCUGAUGCAGCUUAUAUAUAUGAAGAGAAAUUCACCAUAAAAGAUUUGCAAAACGAUGUAUAUCAUAUGGCUUCAAAGAUGGCAGAAGGUGUYCAACGAGGUUUGAUAUUAAGGAAUGAAAAAUGUAGUGAGAACUACAACACUGACUUUAUAUUCAGACUUUACACUGAAGAAGGAAAAGGUUUAUUCAGUACUCGUAUGAAUGUUUUAGGUCAUAUGCAACAAGGUGGUUCACCUACUCCAUUUGAUCGUAACAUGGGGACAAAGCAAGCAGCAAAAUGCGUGGAAUGGUUAGUUGAAAAAUUGAGAGAAUCUACUAGACCAGAUGGAACAAUUUAUACAGAUAAUCCAGAUACGGCUGCAAUGAUGGGUGUUAUAAGACGGCAGUAUCGUUUUACACCUUUAACUGAUUUGUUGCCUCUUACUAAUUUUGAGCAGCGUAUAGCUAAAACUCAGUGGUGGUUAAAAUUGAGACCACUCUUACGUAUACUUGCUAAACAUGAUAGCGCGUAUGAAGAGGAAGGUAUGUACAUAACAGUUGAGGAAGGACUUGAAGCGGAUACACUGUUAGCUUAAACRAAACACUUUACUGAUUAUAUGUUUUUACUGAAACCCUGUUAUUUUUAUCUCAAUAAUCAAUAUAUUAAUAAUCAAUAGGUACAUUUAAAUUACAAAAAUUAAAAAUUCACCUGAUUAAUAAUAAUUAUAGUUUAUACAUUAGUAAACACUCUAGUCAUCAUGUAUAAAGUAGAUAAUACUUAUAUUCUCAACAAAUUAUUUAUCAAUAUUGAAACUAUUGUAAUUACGUUUAGACUGUUUUUUAGAUAAAUAUUUGUGUUUAUCAGUACAAUGCUAUCUAGUUUAAUGUUUGAUCAAUAAAAUAAAUAUUAAAAAUUAUUUAAUGUAAUCAAUUAAUUUGUUGUUAAAGUAACUAAUCAUUUUCUGAAUAUUUCUUAUUAUAUACAAAUAUCUUACAUUUACUACUUAACAUAAAAUAAGUGUUAGCUAUUGUUUUUAGACUUGGAUUUUUUUUUUUUUUAUUGUUGUAAAAUAAAACCAUAUCAAUUCGACAAUUCAAGUAUUUAGCAAAAAUAUUAUUCAAUUAAUGGAUAACUCAAUUAGUAAAAUAAAAAAUAUACAGUCAAUGCCAACCAGA